UUAAAAAAAAAAAGAAAAAAUUUUUACCGGCAGAGUUUCAGAGAAAGGACAAAAAUAAAAAUAAAAUCGACAAACUGAAAUAAAAACUAAAGACAAAAUAUUUUACCAGAAAUUACAUAAAUUACACUUGCGCUGUGGCUUAACCUAAAAGUUGAAAUUUGAAUUAAAAAAUGACUGGAAACAGUGAAAUGGAAGAAUCCUCAGUAGCUGCUGAGAAAACGUCAUCAAAUAAUCCUCUGGAGCAGUUCGUACUCCUGGCGAAGACUGCAAAAGGUGCAGCGGCUCUGCAGCUGGUGAAGCAGGCGAUCGAAGCACCGGGAGUCAACGUCUUCGGAGAAUUACUGGACAUGCCGAAUAUAAAAGAGUUAAAAAAUGGUGCGCAUGGUCCAUACUGGAACACAUUGAAUUUAUUUGCCUAUGGAACUUACAAAGAAUACCUGGAGAACAAAGACAACUUCCUGGAGUUGACGGCAACUCAGAAGAAGAAACUUCAGCAUCUGACUAUUGUCACAUUGGCGGAAAAGUCAAAGUGUAUUCCGUACUCGGUUCUGCUGACGGAGCUGGGGAUCGACAAUGUACGAGAGCUGGAGGAUUUGAUUAUUGAGGCUGUGUAUGCGGACAUCAUCAAUGGCAAGUUGGACCACAAGAAUUCGCAGCUAGAAGUUGAUUAUGCGGGACUGGGAAGGGAUGUGAAACCGGGAGAGACUGGAGCUGUCAUGGAGACUCUGGAAGCUUGGGGACAGACUUGUGAAAAAGUGCUGGCUUGCAUUGAACAGCAGGUCAUUACGGCUAAUAAUGAUAAAAGAGUUGCUACUGCUCAUAAAGAACAGGUCCAGCAGGAUAUUGCAAAUAUUAAAAAAUCACUACUGGCACAAGCUGGUGGUGGAGGUGUACAAGAAGCAGACGUUGCCGGCGGUAGUUCUGCUGCAGGAAGUGAAUCGACAAGAGAAGCGAUGUCUCUUUCAACGGACAUGAAAAAAAAACCCCAAAAGUCAAAAGGUAUCCGUGACCGCAGCAAGUUUUGGAAAACUUAACUUGCUUAUUAUAAACUUUAUUAUCAUUAUUAAGAUUCUAUUACUGUAAUUACUAUAAUAAUUAUUCCCCUGAUUCAAUUUUCUAUUUAAAAUUAUAAAUCCAUAGUUUUUUUUUACCCGAAACUUUUCAAAAAUUAUUUUAGUGUAUGUAUUUAUAACAAUAGAAAUAAAACGUUUUCAUUUAUUAUUA